UGGUCGUGGUGUGUGUGUGUGUGUGUGUGUGUGUGUGUGUGUCAUAGUGAUCCGAGCCGCCGUGCCCUCCGCAACCCUGGAUUUCUUCAGCUCGUCAACGCAGGGCUCCUUCUCCUUCUCCAGGAUGGAGGAGCUACUGAGUUGCUCGGUGUGCUGCGAACAGUACCAGGAGAAGCACCGUCAUCCUGUGGUGCUGCCCCGCUGUGGUCACUCCUUCUGCCGCCCCUGCAUUGCCUUCCUCGUCAAGAACGGCUGCGUCAUCUGCCCGAGCUGCCGCAUGGACCAGCGGGUAGAGACAGCCGACCACCUCCCGACCGAAUUCAGUCUCCUGGCCAUCACCAACGCCCAGAAGAUAACCAAGCUGGAGAUGUGCAGCCGCCAUGACGUGAAGCUGUCGUUCUGGUGCCGCAGCUGCUCCUCGCCGGCGUGUGGGGAGUGUCUGUUCGAGGAGCACCCGACACACACACACAAAGUUGUCAAGGCCACCACGCAUGUGGAGGACAUGAAGACAGCCAUCAAGGGCAUCGCUGACAAGUUCUCCGAUGCCCUGGACCUACGGGAGCGAUGGUACCACCAGCAGGUGCUCCAGGGCGCCAAGGCCAUCAGCGACGCCAUCCGCACCCUCAGCAUCCUGCGGCGGGACAUUGACGACGCCCGCGAGCUAGUGAAGGGCGUACACGUGGUGGAGGGGAUCGGCCCGACCUCUGCCCUCGCCGAGGCCUCCAAGUGCCUGGGGCUGAAGUGGAACCUGAAGGGGUGCCAGCUGGAGUUGACGGAAGGCGGUGGGGGGCAGCAGGAGAGGGAGGAGGGGAAGAGUGAUGGAGAGGGGAAGGUUAAGGAAGGGGAGAACGGAGAGGAGGAGGAGGAAGGAAAGAUCAGCGAGGAGAAGAAUGAGGCAGGAAAAGAGCCCCCCGCUGAGACUCUCGCUGAGCAAGCAGAGAAGACAGACGAAGAGAAGAAACCUGAGGCGGAGGAGAAGGAGAUUGACGAGUUUGAGGCGCUGACGGAGGAAGAGAAGAAGAAGCGGAAGAAACUUCUCCGUUUGAAGGAAAAGCUUGCCGCGGCCUCCGCCGCCGCCGAAAUGAGUCGAGACAAGGACAAAGCUGAGCUGAGGCCUAAGGCGGAGCGGCGGAGUGGCAGGGAGAAGGGCGACAGGGAGACAGAGGUGAAGAAAGAGAACAUUCCUGAGUCUGUCAAGUUCCUCGCCGCCGCUCUGGACAAGAAUCCCCGCACGGACCGCAAAGACACCCGCGCUCCCCGCGAUCUCUCCUCCCCGCCAAAGGACGACGCUUCUGCCAAGGAAGAACAGGUGAUCUCCAAGUCUGAGUCGGAGACAGAAGCCGAGACCGAAGCCGCGAGGAAGGCGAAGAGGGAUGGCGACAGUGACCCCAACAAGGCGGCUCAGGCUUCCUUACUCGCCAAGAUCGAGCCGCUUCCCAGGACCAAGCCUGACCCUGCCUCGGCCCUUAAGAAACCUAAGGCCAACACGGGCCUCAAGAAGUCCAAGACCGUGACCUUUAUGGUGCAAUCCGAGGACACCACAACCGACGAGGCCAAGGACGACCAGUCCGACGCCAUCCGAGGCCUCGACUUGCAACUGCCGAGGGUUGGCUGCGGCGACAAGCUGGACAACAAGGAGAAGGAGAAGGAGGAGAAGGAGGAGGAGAAGGAGAAGAGGAGAAGAAGGAGAAGGAGAAGGAGGAGGCGGCGGCAGGAACGGGGAACAAAGAACAAGGAGAAGCUAUUUGAGAUGGAACCUGAAGAGAAGGAGAGGAUCGCCACGGAGCUGAUGCAGGUGCCCAGCCUGACCCUGGUGGUGGAGGGCAUCGGGGGCCGCCUCGCCUACGUCACCUGGGAAGCCAUGGGUCUGCACGUCUAUUGUCACCAGUACCAUGAGCUGCCUUACGACCUGCUCCUCAAGUCAUCAAUGCUCCUGUCCAUGCUGCCCACCAAAGCACCACUGGUCUUCCUGGACAUCGGCACGGAACAGACGGUGCUGGGUCGUGUGUACAUCAGCCUGUGGGGACAGUUGCGCCGCGCCAUGAACUUCCUACACCUGUGCCUGGGCGACCGGGGACCUUCCUUUAGAGACUCAAUGUUCCUGGAAGUGAUGAACGCGGACUGCCCUGGCGAGAGAAUCCGAGGUGGUGACUAUGAGUGCAACAAUGGGCGGGGAGGCGAGGCGCUGCUGGAUGACCUGGAGUCCGAGGAAGGCUACUCGAUGCCCAUGGAGGCCGGGAUGAUCACCGCAGGAGGACCCAACAGGAAGGAAGUCGGGGCGCAGUUCUUCAUUUGCACAGAGGAUGACUUCGAUAGGAGGUUUGCAUGUCCCUUCGGCCGCGUUGUCUCCGGCCUGCCCAUCGUGAAGGAGGCGGUGUGGCUGGUGAUGACGAAGGAGGUUUAUAUAAGGGAGUGUGGCGUGGUAGUGGAGGCGGCGAGGAUAUGAGUAAGGACGUGGUGGUGGUGGUGGUGGUGGUGGUGGUGG